AUGUCAGAUACACAAUCCAGAAUUGAUUCGUGGAAUGAAAGAAUUUCUAAACUUGAAGAAGCAAAUAAUGAUCAUUUAGCCAGAUGUAAAAAGCCGGAAUAUGUAGAUAAUGAUCAUUUAACCAGAAUUAAAAAGCUGGAGCAGGAUGUAACGAAAUUUCUUAAUGAAGAACCGAUAAUUGAAUACCGUCCUCCUUUCUUAAAUGGAUUAGAAUUCGACGCCUUCUUUCAGAAAUAUAAAAUCACGUUAGAAAUACAAGGAAGUCAGCACCGGUUUCAUAGUACUAGCUGGUAUAAAGAUGUUAAAAAACUCGAAGACAUUGUUAAUCGUGAUCGGUUAAAAAGAUGCGUAUGUCAAGAUAAUGGAAUUUUUCUUCUUGAGGUAUGGUAUGAUGAAAAACCAUAA